AUGCAACUCAAGGCCUACCAGCCCAUGUACAGUGGCAGGUCCCAUUUCGUCAGUGGGCUAUUUGCCAUUCCCAUUUCGACCCAGGCCCAGCUAGACGGGUGGAACCGUCCACGAAUCGGAGCGCAGUGUGGCGACCGCAACCGAGUUCCCUGCGGCCGCGGCCGCGGCCGGGCGCCGCAGCCACAGCACGCGACCUCGAAGGACGCUUACUUCGCGGUGGUGCACAACCUCUCCACCAUCGUGCGACGCGACUUCUACCUGGAGCGCACCCUGAACCGCCUCCGCCUCCCGUCCCCGUUCCCUCCCGACCUGGCGCUCCGCGUCAUCCGCGCCGCCGCCCCCGCCGCGCCGCUCCACGCCACGCGCUUCCUUGCUUGGCUCCGCGCCAAGCCGUCCUUCACCGCCUCCGCCGAGCAUUUCGACGCGCUGCUCCUCCCGCUCGCGCGCGCGCGGCUCUUCCCGCACCUCUGGUCCCUCGCCUCCGACAUGCGCGGACUCGGCCUCCCCCUCUCGCCGACCACCUUCUCCGCGGUCAUCUCGUCCUACGGCCACUCUCGCCUCCCCGACCAGGCCGUCGAGGUGUUCAACCGCCUCCCUCGAUUUGGCUGCCCGCAGACCACCGAGGAUGGCGCGCAAGGGCGUGGCCCCGACCGCGCCACGUUCAGCACCCUCGUUGACUCCUGGUGCGCGGCGGGGAAGCUCAAGGAGGCGCAGGCGUUCCUCGACGACAUGGCUAGCCGCGGGUUCCGCCCGCCGGUGCGCGGCCGUGACCUCCUCGUCGACGGGCUCGUCCGCGCUGGGCACUUAGAGGAGGCUAAGGCCUUCGCCCUCCGCAUGACCAAGGAGGGCAUCCUCCCUGACGUUGCUACAUUCAACUCCCUUGCCGAGGCGCUCUGCAAUGCUGGAGAUGUGGACUUCGCCGUGGCUCUUCUUGCUGAUGCUUCCAGUCGAGGCCUCUGUCCAGACAUCUCAACAUACAAGGUAAUGCUACCAGCUGUGGCCAAGGUUGGCAAAAUUGAGGAGGCAUUCAGGUUGUUCUAUGCGGCUGUUGAGGAUGGCCAUCGGCCAUUCCCGAGUCUCUAUGCAGCGAUCAUCAAGGCGCUUUGUAAGGCAGGGCGCUUCGCAGAUGCUUUCGCCUUCUUUGGUGAUAUGAAGAUGAAGGGGCACCCACCGAAUCGCCCUGUGUAUGUGAUGCUUGUCAAAAUGUGUGUGAGGGGCGGUCGGUUUGUGGAGGCUGCAAAUUACCUCGUUGAGAUGAGUGAGGCAGGGUUCACACCCCGGGCACCAACCUUUAAUGUUGUAGUUGAUGGGCUUCGACAUUGUGGGAAGCAUGACCUUGCCCGGAGAUUGGAACAGCUUGAGGUGUCCCUGAAGGGAAAUUAA